AUGACUCUCUUCCAUCCUUCUUUGGAAGAGAAGAAGGAAAAGGCUCUUCGGAAAGCGAAGAAGAACCUCAAAAAGCAAUAUGACGGCGGCAAGCACAAAGUGCCGUUUGGGCGAAAAUUUGAGCGCCCUAGAAUGGACGACCGGCAGCGUGAAAUUCGCAUGAUAGAAUUAGAAGAUGGCAAAGGCAACUACCGCAAGAGGGUUUACCGCAAUCCUCUCGGAGAGAAGACUAGCAAACACCCCGACUUGGACACAUACUACAGUACAACAAGGGAAAUACCCCGUCGACUGGUCGUGCAAGCAACCGAGGCCGCCAUGAAUGAGGCCAGGAACGACCCACAUCCACGCUACUGGCGUCAGACUAAAAUCAAUGGGAGGGCUCCUUUUCUUAUUCGGCUGGCUGAGUUCUGCUGGAACCCUCUGGGGCUUCUAGAGGCUGACGAGAUCGAAGAAAGCGAUGACGACGACGACGACGACGACAAUAUCUAUGGCAAGAAAAAGUCCGAAGAGAAGAAGCCUGUCGCUAUAAGGCACCUGUGCAUGCGCAUUCUGAACUGGAUAACAUCGGCUUUCUGUAUUCUGAGUUUCGCAUGGAUUAUUCAGUUCGUGCUCGCCGCCCAAAUUGCCGCUACUCCUUGGAGCGACGACGAUUCAGCGGAUCCCUACAAGGAAUACGACAAUGUACACUGGUCUUGGCCUCAACAUGCGAUCAACCGCCUGGACCAAGCCCCAGACAAUCCAGAGCACCAGUCGGAAAUCGGCCGGCUCUCCAUUCCUCGCUUGCUCCGGGUAAAAACCUCAGGAAAGUGGAAGACCAAGGAGACUCGGUAUCUUCACGAUAAGGCAACAAGAAUGCUGCCAGAGUACGUUUUGUUGAGUUUCUCGCGGGCAAAUUUCCCCGGCAGGAGUGUCGCCUUUUUUGAAGAAUACUUCGAUCGGGUGGCCGACACUAUUCUCGCCCAAGAGAACAAAAAACGGGAGAUAGAAGGGAAGCAUCGAAUAGAAGCAUACUGGGUAGACACGCACUGUGUAUCCAAAGAAACUGAACAGAAGACAACUGAAGACAUCAAUACCAUCUGCGACGCUGUAAGGUGUGCGAAGAAGGUCUACAUAGUGCUGCCCGCUAUCAACACGUAUGAAUUGGAGACUUGGGGACAGCGAAUCUGGACGAUGCCAGAAGUCCUUCUGGCUGUGGGCAAAAUCGCAUACUGUACUUGUUCGCCAGAUGUGGAAGAAACGGGCGAGCUGAACUCUGAGAUACACGAUGUGGAUCUGAACGAAUUUUAUGACAGCUUUUGGCAUGAUACACGGCCAACAGAAAAGGAUGAUGAAGACGUCGUAGGCCUGCUUGUUAAACACUAUAGCGGUUCUCUCAAGCUGACCGACUUACAAUUGUUCACUUGUGCUGUCCAAGCCCUAGCUCGCAGAUUUACCUCAGAGCGGGGGAAGGAAAAUCCCAAGACAAUUGAGGGAUACACGACGACAGACGUGGCAUAUGCUGCUAUGGGCCUCAUGGCCUACCGAAUCACCCCCAACAAGGCCGACGACAACUUCCAAGCCAUCGCACGUCUGUCCUUGGUGAAUGAUAGCAACUUACUGCUCGAGCGUCUCGUUUCUCUUUGGCCGCAUCAAACAGGCGAGACCACGGAACAAAAAAACCUCGUGAUUGACAAAAACGCGGCGGGGAGUGUGGAUAUUAUGCGCAACAUCGCGAACCGCGAUCAAUAUUCGACGUACCUGUGGGAUAUUCACCCUUUGUGUAAUGUGGUGGGUAUUGCCGACGAAAAGUAUACGCCCGCAGUCAUCCUGGACCAGUGCCGUGCCAUUCCUAUUCGGUGGAAGGGAUUCCCAAAAAUGAAAUACGUGCAAGACUUUAACAAAUUGGGAGCUACCUUGUCGCAAACCAUUGUCUUCUGGGGUAGUUCUUUGGUGGCUCUUGGAUUUGCUCUCUUCACCUCGGCCCUUUCACUCGAGUUCUCACUCCUCCCAUAUAAAAACUACAACAACAACAAUAGCAACAACGCGCAGAUUCCCAGCGUGAAGAUGUACCUGGUGGGCUCGGCAGUCUUCUUCGGAUGUGCCUGGGUGAUCUCCUGGCUUAGCCCACGGGCAGUACGACAGCUCUGCCACAGCGGGUCUGCUGGCAUAUCAUGUCAUCUUGUCGGAUUUGAAGGUAUCCAGUCAUUGCAUGAUAUCGAGACGAGCAUCUUUGGAAAUUGCGAUGGCCGUUUUUCUUAUGCUCCUUCAUCUAAUUUAUUUUCCGAACCGUUGCGUGCCAAGCAUAUUCGAAUGGGAAAGGAGCCCAAAGAAGGGGUAGAUGAGUUGAAAAGGAUAGCCAAGUCACUUUGCAAGUCGCCUCGAGAUCGCCUUUUCACCAUUGUGGACACGGGAGAUUUGACUGUGACCGUGAUCGCCGCUGAGCGUCCGCCAGUCGUAGCCUUGAUCUGUGGCCGUGAGGGAGGCAUGCUGCGUGCGCUAUUGUGCAGCUGGCGCUUCGACAACAACUGCCUGUAUCGCGAGUCUGUGGUGCGAAUGCGCAGCUCGCUCGAAGACCAGACCACGCCGAUGGACUGGCUGAAGGUGAGCUUGGCUAGCCAGGGCGAUGUCAGCCGAGAGAUUGUUAAACACCGCAUCGACGAGAAGCGGAAACAGUAUUCUGGGCCUUCGCCGCAAAUUCCCCUAUCAACAGUGAAACCGCACGUAUCCAUUAAUGGGUUGUAA